AUGUUGUAUAUCAUUCGGUUCCACGUCAAGUGCCAAGUGAGGCUCCUCAAAAUCAAGACCGACGAUCGUAUGACCUGGGAAGCAUUGUGGCAACUCGGCAUCAAAUCGACUUUGAAACUCAGCACAAUCAUCGGCGUCGAAUUAUCUUCCGACAAAGCCCAUGGAACGAGUGCGAAACCUUGUACUCUUUACGAAUCAUCAGAUGCAGAAGCGGCGAGAAGUCUCUCGUCAAAGAAACAGAUAGUCCCCGAUGUACAGGCGGUCCCCGACGAUAUGCUUCGAGACUCGUUCAUAAUGAUCGACGUCUACGAGACCGGAAAUGGCACUUUCCAUGACUUUAGCAGCAUCAAGCUCGUUAAAUUGUCAGGCGAAGAGGAAUGGGACGAUGUGCGAAGUGAGCACACUGGCGAGAAUGGGUGCGAAGAGCAACUUGGAGAAAAUUACUGUGCUACUUGCGGACGGCAAUGGCAACAGCAGCAUUCUGGUUGA